AUGAGUGAAAUACAACCAAUACAAGAUGAAAAUAACACUAAUAAUAAUAAUAUAGAAAAUGAUAAUAAUAAUAAUAAUGAAAAUAUACAAACAGAACAAACACAAACAGAACCACAUAAAGAUUCAAAAGCUAUAUUAGCAAACGGUUUAUAUUUAUUAUUAUCACCAGUUGUAAAAGAAUGCGAUGCUAAAAUUCAAGAGGUAUAUUAUUCACAAAAAGCAUUAUCUGACCAAAUUGAUAGUUUAUCUAGAGAACUUGAUGAAUUUAACAAUAAUGCACAGGUUCCACCAUUAUUACCACAUAUACAAAAACUUUUAAAUGCAAGAGGAAGAUUAUUAGCAGUUAAUAGUAAACUUUCAUUAGUUAUGAGCAGAUUGGAAAAAUUAUCGACUUCCAUUAAUCAACAACAACAACAAGCACUUUCACAACAACAACAACUUGAAAUUCAACAAAAUACACAUAAAUCAGUUUCUGAUAGAAUUAGUUCUUUAUUCAGUGGAAAAAAGACAACACCAACAACUUCAAAUGUACAACCAAAUAACUAA